CCGCCAGAGAUUCAACGCAAUUGCUAUUUCUAGCCUUUUUUCAAUUGACAAACAUUGACCAGUAAGUGAUGACGCUUCUUACUGAAGCUGGCUAGUCCAGCAGACACUGUAAGAUGAUCACGGCACUAACAAUGAGCUGCGAAUAGUGUCUUACGCCGACGCUGCUGCAAAGGGUGCCAGACAGACCCCUGAAGAGGUAAGCUUCACACGAGCCUAGCAAACUGCUUCGUGCCAAGCAGAUACAGCUCUCGGAAAAGAAACAGAAAAACAAUGAAAAGAAACGCGAACCCCCCCAAUAUUAGCAUCUAUCUAAUCGCUGAUGUCAUAGGCCGCCGCCCCUCAGCAACCCGAAAUCAUCCCCAGUGAAACCGCCUCCACAGCAUCUCUCAUCGACGUCGACAUGCCCAGCGUCCACACCGUCCGAUCAGACUUCCUCGAGCAGGACAUCCAAACCGAGACGCAAGCCGAGCGCAUCAAGCGCGAGCACGCGGCCGCCCGCGCCGCCCAGGCGGCGUCCAAGAAGAAGGCCGCCAGCAAGGCCAGAAAGGCCGACUCCUGGAUCACCCGCCAGUUCUCCCAGCUCUCCGACGGCAGCGUCACGGCCAUUGCCAUUGCGAACGUCUUUGGCGUCGUGGGCGUGAGCGGCUUCCUGGGGUAUCGCGCUUGGGGCCUCUACGAGAGGAGCCGGCUGGACUGGAAGCAUGUGGGCGUUGGCUUUGGAGUUUUGGCUGCUGUUGGCGCUGUGGAGGCGGUGCUUGGACGGUACUUGUACAGAAGCAAGGAGGAGGAUUCUUCAUGAAGAGCUGAUGCAAAAUCGGUCAAAGAUUGAAUUUCUGUGAUGACUGCUUCUUUUUUUUUUUUUUUGUUUUGUUCUGUUUUCGGUUUGGGCGUUUGGGAUCAAGGGAGAGCUUAGCUGUUGAACGCGUAUCUCAUCUCUGGUUUAUGGCCAAUCAUCACAUGUUGCUACUGGCCGCUACAUAACUCAAAUAACGAACAUAAAAUCAAUAUUUUAAUCAAACCAAUUUCAUCCCUACUUGAGUUAUUUCUCACCUCAUCAAGCCAUGUACAG